AUGCCACGAUGCUUGCGACACAAGCAGCGCCUGGCAAGUUUAGCAAGUCUUGCGGCGCUUCUGUACUUCCUGAUUCCCCGCGCCAGAGAGUCCUGCAGUUUCGCAGCUGUGGCAGGGGAUGUCCAGGGAAAGCGCCUGUUCGUGAGGCGCGUGCCGGAUGGCUUCGAUGAUUUCGCAACCUUCGACACUGGCACUGUUGCAGAGGAGUUGGCGCAAAGAGCGGCCCUUGCCCUCGACGCCGAGGUCGUCCAGCAGCUCUCCACAGGUGACUUCGGUGGCCUGGUCUGCCUGGACAACAUCUUGGGGCCCAGGCUCAGCGACCAGCUGCACCAGGAGGCGAAAGUGCUGCGAAAGAUACUGCAGCCUUCCACUUACUGGAACAGAUGGCAAGAAGGUCGCGAGGAUUCCUAUCGUUUGAUCGACAGAAGUUCCUGCGAACUGCAUGGGUUUCGUGGAAUGGCCACUGGCAUCGAUCUUCUGGUCGCUGUUUGCUCUCGCCUCGCGGAGAUUUGCCCGGUCGACGGCAAGAGGGUCGGCCCAACUCCACAUGCGCAGCUCGCGUGCUUUGCCGAAGGCUCAGCAGGCUAUGCUGCGCACACCGACGGGUCCUCGAUGGCAGACCUUGACGUGGACAUGCCUUUGGACCAGAAGCAGAUGAUCUCCUCAAGGCGAUUCACUGCCAUUCUCUAUCUGAAUGAGCGAGAAUGGGAGGAGUCCUACGCCGGUGCAUUUCGAGCCUUCCGCUCCAAAGACAUGAGCGGCGGUGACUCUGGAUUCGUAGAUGUUUGGCCGCGAGGCGGUUCCUUAGUACUUUUCCGUUGUCGGGACCUGGCACACCAGGUUCUGGCUGCCCAACAUGACCGCUAUGCCCUAACAAUGUGGUUUACGGCACCCGAGUGA